AUGGCGUCUGACUUGUCAAAUGCCGCGCACGCCCUCGACAGCGUCUCCAGGAGCCUCACGCAGGCCGUGGAGUCGUCGGCCAGGCCACCGUCCGCUCCCUUGAGCACGGCCGGCAGCACAGUGGCAGCCCGGGACGCCUCCGGCUGGGUCGGACUCUUUGCCUGGCUGCUAUUGGCCAUCAUCAACCUCGUCUCGACUCUCUUGUACUGGAUCAUCCGCAUUGCCACCAUCAAUGUGCCGCGCAUCCUCUACACACUCUUCUCCACCAGCUGGACGGUGACCAUGAAUGCCACGACGCUCAUGCUCAUCAUAGUGGCCGUCGUGUCGGCGGUCAGCUGGGUCGUGAGGUAUCGCAUCCUCAACAUGUACUCGAGGCUUCCUCCUGAGCCUCAGCGCAAGGAGCCCGAGAUCGACCUCUUCCCAGACUCGCAUGACGAGGGUGCAAAGCUGGGCCUCUCCAGCUACCUCGACGAGUUCUUGAGUGCCAUCAAGAUCUUUGGCUAUCUUGAGCGGUCCGUUUUCCAUGAGCUCACGCGCAGCAUGCAGACGAGGAAACUCAUUGCCGGCGAAACCAUCAACCUCGAGGAAGAAAAGGGCUUUUGCAUCGUCGUCGAUGGCCUGGUUGAAAUCUUUGUCAAGCCUGGCCUCGACCCCCGGGCUACCGCGCGAUCUCGGCAUCAUGGCUAUGAAUCCUCGGGCGACGAGGACCUGGCUCCUGGCCAACAAAGAUAUCAGCUUCUGACCGAGGUUCGCAAUGGUGCACCGAUGUCGUCGUUGUUCUCCAUCAUGUCGCUCUUUACGGAAGAUGUCAAGCUGCGACAUAAUGAGGACGAAGAAGGCGAUUCACGAGAGGCGUCCAACGUUCCUAUGUCGAUGCCAAACACCCCCCAGAUUCCUCCCAUGUCCCUAGACGCAUCGGGCGUCCUGUCCGCACGCUCGGCGCUUCGGCCUGGGCUACCGCAUCGGCAAACAUCAAGCUCCGCUCACCCGGACAUCAUCGCCCGAGCUACCGUUGAUACGACCAUUGCCAUCAUACCAGCCAGUGCAUUCCGCCGUCUCAUCAGGGUAUAUCCCAAGGCCACAUCGCAUAUCGUGCACGUCAUUCUCUCCCGGUUCCAGAGAGUGACCCUGUCGCAUGCCUUCAACUAUCUCGGCCUCACCACCGAGGUGCUGCAGACCGAGAAAAGCAUGGUCAAGUACACGGUCUGCCAGCUCCCAAACAUGUUGCGAGGCGACGCCUUGACACGGCUCAAGGAGAAAUUCAACCGCGACCUGCUGGCCCAAACCCAGCAUGCCCGCACCGCAGGCCGCACACCAAGCAUUGGACCGUUUACGGGUUCGAUAUCAGUUCCAUCGAGCGAUCUGUUGAGUCCCCUGGACUCGAGAUCUUUCAACCCUUUCGAUUCUCAAAAACACGCACGGAUAUCCAUAGAUCCGCGCGAGUCUGCCGAUGAGGACAAUCUCUUCAGAGCUUCGAUUCUGGAAUGCAUGUUCAAGUCUCUGGGUUUGGACGGCGGGGGCACUGCUUCCGGAGAGCCGGAGUCAAUUGAAGGGUCGCCUCGACUUGGUUCGGUCGAUCCGAGACGAUCUAAAGCGCACUACACAAACAAUGCCUUUGGCUUCAUGGGUCCCUUUGACAGUUCGGGCGACGCGGACUCGGAGUCUGUAACUUCUAGCGCCGUCGCGGUCCACACACCUCCAAGCGCCCAGGCCCUGUCUCACGAGAUGAGGGAUGAAGUCGAGAUUGUCUUCUUUCCCAAGGGCUCGGUCCUUGUCGAGCAAGGAGAGAGGAAUCCCGGCUUAUACUACGUGGUGGAUGGGUUCCUGGACAUUGGGACGAGCAACAAUCAAAGCUCGCAGGAUAUAUUCCAGACGUCUGGCUCGGGGCACGUCAAGGCAGACCCUUCCAUGUUCAGGCCUGGCAAGUCGGACCACUACGAAGCCGAGACUCGGGCUCCGGAAGGCGAGGCGCAAGCCAGCGCUCGCCGGAGCAUCGCACUGGUCAAGCCGGGUGGCCUGGCUGGGUACAUCGGCAGCAUAUCCUCCUACAGGUCCUUCAUUGACGUCGUGGCCAAGACCGACGUCUACGUCGGGUUCCUACCACGAGCCUGUCUGGAAAGAAUUGUCGACAAAUAUCCAAUCGUGCUGCUCACAAUGGCCAAGAGGUUGACGAACAUUCUGCCACGUCUCAUCCUCCACAUCGACUUUGCCCUGGAAUGGGUUCAAGUCAAUGCAGGCCAAGUUCUCUUCCAUGACGGCGAUGAAAGCGACGCCAUUUACAUCGUCCUGAACGGCCGUCUGCGGUUGGUGGAAGACAAAAAGGACGGCGGGAUGACGGCCCUCGCAGAGUAUGGCCAGGGCCAGAGCGUUGGCGAGCUCGAGUUUCCACGGACCCUGUUCAACAGCCUGGCUAAGGAGCACCCCAACAUCACCAUCAAAAUCUCCAAGAUCAUAGCCUCUCGCAUGAGGGCCGCGGUCGAUGAGCCAUCCAGGAACAGCGGGAAACAAGCAGGCUCGGGAGCCAUUCAUAGCUCGAGGAAGUCGACAAUGAAUCUCCGGACGGUGGCCAUUCUGCCAGUCACCGCUGGCGUCCCCGUCGUCGAGUUUGGCAACCGCCUUAUGAAUGCGCUUGCCCAGGUCGGCCCUCCCAAUGGUGCCACGUCGUUGAAUCAAGCCGCCGUUCUCAAUCACUUGGGCAAGCAUGCUUUCAACAAAAUGGGCAAGCUGAGGCUGGCCCAAUAUUUGGCCGACCUGGAGGAGAAAUACGGACUCGUUGUCUACGUGGCCGAUACCAACGUCAAUUCGUUAUGGACGCAGACGUGCAUCACGCAAGCCGAUAGUAUUCUACUCGUGGGCCUGGCAGAGGGGUCGCCAGCCAUUGGAGAAUACGAACGGUUCAUGCUUGGGAUGAAGUCGACGGCUCGUAAAAUGCUGGUUCUCCUACACAGCGAACAAUUCUCAAGGCCAGGCUUGACCAGAUCUUGGCUGCGGAACCGCAUGUGGAUCAACGGAGGCCACUAUCACAUUCAGAUGGCUUUUAGGAAUAACGCCAUCCCCGUCCAUACUCCUUACAAGAAGCUGGGGCAGGCUCUGAAGGAACGCGUUCAGGUACUGCAAGCUGAGUUUCAGAAGUACACGUCCAGAAAGGUCCUCCACACGGCGUACUAUUCGGCCGAGAGCCCUUAUAAAGGCGACUUUCAUCGCUUAGCUCGCAGGCUAUGCGGCAAAUCAAUCGGCCUCGUCCUCGGCGGAGGUGGAGCCCGGGGCAUCAGCCAGAUCGGCAUCAUUAGAGCAAUGGAAGAGGCAGGCAUCCCAAUUGACCUGGUAGGAGGCACGUCCAUGGGGUCCUUUGUCGGUGCGCUGUACGCACGGCACGCUGAUGUGGUACCCAUGUUCGGCUUCGCCAAGAAGUUUGCGGGUCGCAUGGCAAGUCUCUGGCGAUUUGCCUUGGACCUGACCUACCCAUCGGCGUCGUACACUACGGGGCACGAGUUCAAUCGAGGCAUCUUCAAGACAUUUGGCAACAUGCAGAUUGAGGACUUCUGGCUCGAGUUUUACUGCAACACGACAAACAUCAGUAAAAGUCGAGCUGAAUUCCACACGAGCGGAUACGCCUGGAGAUAUAUCCGCGCAUCAAUGUCGCUUGCCGGGCUGCUGCCGCCGCUGUGCGAUGAGGGCAGCAUGCUUCUAGACGGAGGCUACAUCGACAACCUGACAGUGUCGCACAUGAAGGGGCUCGGAGUCAACACCAUCUUCGCGAUUGACGUUGGCGCACUGGACGAUGAUGCGCCACAAACGUACGGCGACUCACUCUCGGGAAUGUGGGCCUUUUUCAACCGGUGGAACCCCCUCUCUUCGCAUCCGAAUCCGCCGACGCUGGCGGAGAUCCAAGGCCGCCUUGCAUACGUGUCAAGCGUGGAUGCGCUGGAGCGGGCCAAGACGAUGCCCGGAUGCAUCUACAUGCGACCACCGGUUGACGAGUACGGGACGCUCGACUUUUACAAGUUUGACGAGCUGUACCAGAUGGGAUACAGGUACGGGAAAGACUUUUUGCAGGGGCUGCGGGAGAAGGGCGCUCUGACCAUGACGGAGGAGACGGAGGCCAAGGAGGCGAUGAGACGAACCACGGCGCCCCGACGAGCCAGUAUAUGA